AUGAAAUUGGAAUCGCUACCAAACGAAAUCUUGCUAGAUCUAUUUGAAUAUUUUUCAACCAUUCAACUUCUACGUGCUUUUAACGAUCUCAAUUCUCGUUUUAAUCAACUUCUAUUUGAUCGUUUUCGUGUUUAUCAUCUGAAUUUUCGGUCUAUAUCUCGGUAUGAUUAUCAAAUUCUUUUUCAACAACAUCUUCCAUUAAUUAUCGAUCGGAUUAGUUCACUUCGUCUGUCAGAUGAUGAUGAUGAUAGUCCACAACAAAUUGAUCUUUUCUUUUCACAUAAUAUGAUUCUACGACAAUUUAUUAAUCUAAGAGCACUCACAUUGUGUGGCAUAAAUUCUCAAGAGGCGAUGAACAACAUAAUUAUUGAGUGUCAUGAUCUACCGUAUCUUACUCAUCUGAAAAUUGUUAAAUGUGACUCGGUAUUUGAACGCAUGAAUGCUGUACAACUAUUCAAUAGUAUUUGGAGUUUGCCUAGACUUACUGAUUGUCGUUUGAAUAUAAAAGAAAAUUUUCAUAUUCCAACAACGAUUGUACCAUCCCUCGAACAUCUAUCAAUCCAGAGAUAUUAUUGCCCUUUAAACGAGUUGAAUCGGCUAUUUGAACAAACACCUCAUAUUCAAAGUCUUUGUUUACUUUUGAAUCAUCUUAGUGACCAUCAAUGUCUUUCAACAUCUGUUCCGUCGAUCAGUUCUUUAAAGCUAUGUGACGUAAGAUCACGACAUGCCAUGUUCAAGUUUCUAACACACAUGCCUAACUUGAAUCGUUUGAUAGUUGAGACAAAUUUUAUCAAGAUGGAUGGACAGCAAUGGGAGGACAUAAUUGUCAAUUGUUUACCGAAGUUAAAUGUUUUUCGGCUAAAAAUGAGAAUACAAUACUAUGGAAGAAUGAAUAACGAACAAGAAAUCGAUACACUUCUUGAUUCAUUUCGAAGUCAAUUUUGGCUCGAAAAACAUCAAUGGUUUGUUCGAUGUCAUCGAAAGUUAAUGAUUGAUUACAGUGAUGUCCUUUUAUAUACUUUUCCUCAGACAUUUGCAGAAUUAAACAUGGAUAUAAUGAACAUUUCGUAUAAAUCGACUUGUCCUUACGAUCAAAACUUUGGGUCAUGCCAACAAGUUCGAAGUCUUAUAUAUAAGUCAUUCUUAACCAUGGACUUGACUCUUCCUCAUAUUUAUUUUUCCAACAUUCGUCACUUAUCCGUCCAUCUUCCAGUAGACAAUCAAUUUUGGACUGUUGUCAAGAAUCUUGAUCAAUUGACAUCGUUAUCAGUCAGCUCGAUUGAUGAUAAUGCCGAUCAUCAUCUUCAAAUCUUACUUGAUAAAGCACAUUACCUCUACUCAUUAGAAAUCACAUCAUGGCCUUCAUCAUUAAUACCUCUAGUCAGCAACACGAGUAGAUCAGUCAGACGGCUUGAUUUGCGUCAGCUAACAAUUUGCUAUCAACAACAUUCCAAUUCAUCUUCAAGAACACAAAUCUAUCGUAAAUUUGGUUGUUCACGCUUAGGUACUCAAUGCGAAGUACUUCGAAUUGCCACCGAAUCUGAAAAAGACAUACUCACACUUGUGAACAAAAUGAUUAAUAUUCGAAUAUUAUAUACUACAUGUACAUCUGAUAAAUGGAAAUAUGCCGAUAAUGUAUCUUCGUCGAGAAAAUCCGAAAUUAUCGAACGAUUGAAAUCUUCAUUGCCUUCUACGACUACUAUUAAAAGAGUGCCAGGUCUUUAUGGAUUCCUUCAAUUGUGGUUUCGUUGA